AUGAGGGGCAGGAAGAGGGACACAAGAACGAGGAUGAGGCCGCGGACGGGAAAGAAGAGGUAGGGAGCACAGCAUUCAAACGUGCCCUUGCCUCUCUUUUCCUUUGUGAAAGAGGUAGUGCUGUCUCCAUACGACUUCCAUCUCUCUCUCGAUGGUGCAGGCAGUGCGGAGCCGCCGGACCAGAUCCCAUUCGACCGUAUGUACCACAUGCUCAAGUACAUCAUGGGUGGCAAGAUCUCCAUCCCAAGUGUGUGCCAUCUCUGGGACUAUCUCUGUCCUUCCUUUCUCCUCAGUUUUGGCGUGUCAACGGUCGUCUCAAUCAAGACAGCAGCAGGAUGCUCUACCCCCACGACCCACUAGCACUGGACAGCGAGGCCUCCUUUGCCACUGCCAGCACCGAUCGCAUUCGAUUCACCGUCGGCAGUGACGUGUACGCAACACAGAGGGAAGAAGGACGCGAAUCGAAGUUUUCGUCUGCUUUCAUCUGUCAGGUGGAAAGUCCCUCGCUCCUUUUGGUGGCGACGGCUCUUCUGCGCGGCCGGCCGGCGGCAUCGAGAUGAGAUCAUCGGUAAGGGGACAUGUCAUGCACUAUCACAACUCAUCACCGGUGAGCUGCAACGAUGAGGCUGCGAUAGGACGCCAGAAACAGCCUGACUUUUCGUCCUUGUUGGUGUCAUUCAGGCUUUGCCGCGAGAGGAUGCAAAUGUGAGUGAGCGAUGCGGUUCGUCUGCCCAGUCCUGGCGGAGCAGGCGUAUGCACCGCCAUCGACGUGGGUGUCGGCUGUGGUGACUGACAGCGAUCCUACCUUCCUUCUGCAGAAGGGCAUCACCGACCCCAUCAGGGCUAGGCGAAUAUGGAACACCAUUCUCCUCUGCAACGGCCUUAGCCACCGUUUCCUCACGGCAGCCAAGACGGCGCAGCUGGUAGAGGCGGGAACCGAUUCUGCUGCGACAAUUGUCACAGCACUGAGUUUGGUCUUCCGCAAUCUGGACCGAUGGCGUGGUGGGCGGCGGGAGGCCAUUCGCGUCAUGGGCGCCCUCAUCAAGGGCGGGGCGGCAGGGCGGAAGCUCUCUCCGUACCACGCGAGUGCCUUCUCUCUCGAAGACGACGACGUGCUGGACGAUCUUCUGAGCAGUGGCUGUGUGCAGCUGGGUCGCGGCUUUCCCAUCCUCAGUCCAUCCCUCCCCGCCGACCCGCCACAUGACGGCUACGACACCCCCCGUGCCGUCGCGGAGCGGGCGAGGGCGGCCAAGCUCAUGGAGGCGGGGGCGGAGCUGCUCGGUGGGACCUCGCCAAGGUGGCCGGGUACGGUGACAUGA